CAUGUUCAUGGCCUCUGCCAACGUGGUUCAUGGCACGCUCUUCGCGUUGUUUUCCCGCCUCCUCAUCGGCAUAACCAUAGGCAUAUUCUCCAGCGCCGUCCCGCUGUACCUCGGAGAGAUCUCCCCCAUUAAGAUGAGGGGAGUCAUUGGCAUGAUGCCACACCUGUUUCUCACUAUCGGUGUCCAAGUAGCACAGAUCCUGGCUUUUCGGGAAAUCAUGGGAACCGCAGAAGGUUGGCCCAUCCUGAUGAGUCUCUCCGGGAUACUGGCCUUAUUUCAGAUCAUUAUAGUCCCGUCCUUCCCCGAAAGCCCACGCUACCUGCUGAUUCAGAAGAAAGAUGAAAACCAGGCCAGGGAAGCCCUGCAGGAGCUGAGAGACAAGAACGACGUGGAAGACGAAAUGGAGGAGAUCCGGCAGGAGGGGUUCGCCGAGAGGGCAGACAGGAAUAUGAACUCGCUCAGGCUGCUCUGCUACCCGCCCCUGAGGUGGCAGGUCGUCUCCAUCAUCGUCCUCAUGUGUGGUCAGCAGCUCUCUGGCGUCAACGCAAUAUACUUUUACACCGAGAGAAUCUACCAAUCGAUGGGGCUGGCCAAAGACGCCGUUCGAUACAUCAGUCUCUUCUCCACCACCGCCAUCCUGCUGGCUAUCAUGUGCGGGAUGUACGUCAUCGAGACGAUGGGGCGGAAGAAACUCCUCCUCAUCGGCUUUGGGACCUGCAGCUUCCUCUGUCUUCUGCUGUCGGUGACCAUCAAGCUUCAGACCACGUUCAAAUGGAUCUCUUACUUCAACUCCCUUUUCAUCAACAUCUUCCUGAUAGGACAUGCCAUGGGGCCCAGUGCACUUCCCAACCUGCUGAUCACAGAGCUGUUCCUGCAGUCAUCACGGUCUUCGGCCUACGUGGUUGGAGGGUUUAUCCACUGGCUGCUCAACUUUUUCACGGUGGUGACGUUCAUUCUGAUACAGCCAUUCCUCGAGUCCUACACCUUUCUCAUCUGCAGCCCUAUCUGCAUGAUUACCUUUCUAUAUAGCUUCCAGAUGAUCCCAGAAACAAAGGGAAAGACCUUUCUGGAAAUCAGCAGGCUUGUGCCGGCCUUCGUGGCCAGGCGGAUGUGGGUGAAGGUGCAGCCGAAUGAGUAGAGACCGGGAGGCCCUCCGCCGAGAGCUGAUGUCAUUCUCAAACGGGCAAGGCGUUGAUCCUCAGAGAGACCGGACUGCCUUUCUCGGCUCUGUCGACGCACUGGUAUUUAGGGAUGUGCCGAAACAGGGCAGGCCGGGUUUCCUGAGCUCAGCAGCCAGACGGCCUGAUCCGCUCCGAGGUCGACCAAGCUAGGCUUGUUUUGCGUGGACUUCUGUCUCUAAGACGGGCUGUGAUGCGUGUAUUAAAAAGUUGCUCAGGAA